AUGGGGGACGACUCGGACGGGGAGGCGGAGGAGUACCUGUUCAAGGUGGUGAUCAUCGGGGACAGCGCGGUGGGGAAGAGCAACCUGCUGUCCCGCUACGCGCGCAACGAGUUCAACCUCCACUCCAAGGCCACCAUCGGGGUGGAGUUCCAGACGCAGAGCAUGGACAUCGACGGCAAGGAGGUCAAGGCCCAGAUCUGGGACACCGCCGGCCAGGAGCGCUUCCGCGCCGUCACCUCCGCCUACUACCGAGGGGCCUUCGGCGCGCUCCUCGUCUACGACAUCUCCCGCCGGGGCACCUUCGACAACGUCGGACGAUGGCUCCAGGAGCUCAACACACAUUCUGACACCACGGUGGCCAAGAUGUUGGUAGGCAACAAAUGCGAUCUGGAAAACAUCCGUGAAGUGCCAGUGGAGGAAGGCAAAGCACUUGCCGAAUCCGAGGGACUCUUCUUCAUGGAGACCUCGGCUCUGGACUCGACGAACGUCAACACGGCAUUCGAGCUCGUCAUCAAGGAGAUCUACAGCAGCGUGAGCAGGAAGAUCCUGAACUCCGACUCAUACAAGGCCGAGCUAUCCCUCAACAGGGUGAGCAUCGACGACGGUGACUCGAAAGACGGCCAGAAGCAAACUAGCCGGUUUGGGUGCUGCUAG